AUGUCUUUGAAAUUAACAGCAUUUCGUUUAUUAUCACCUACAAUUGGUGGUAUUCGUUUUUCACAACGAACAUUUUUUGCUUUCCGAAUGAAUCAAUUUGUAAAUUUACAAAUGGUUAAGGAUUUGGAAGGUCAAGGGUUAACUAGAGGACAAGCAAACUCAAUAAUGAGAUGCAUGGAAGCAGUAUUAAUCAAUAGGUUCGAUAGCAAUUAA